AUGGUUCUUGAUUCAUUAUCAUCGCCUCACAGGAGGUCGCAAAACACAUUCUUUCUGUCAUCUCCUAAGAAGCCUCAAUCAUCUCGUGAUGAUGUUGGUAGUUGGUCUGCCCUGGUUGAGCGGCAUCGCUUUCUCUUGACAACGCUAGUGGUGCUUGCCUUCCUGUGCACCAUAUAUCUUUACUUCGCGGUGACCUUGGGGGCACCACAAGCUUGCUCAGGGUUGACGGGCGAUGAAAUGACCGUAUGUCAGGAAAAAUCAGCCCUGCAACAUGGAAAGUUGAAAUAUGGCUAA